AUGCCAAAGAUAAUCGGCACCAAAAAAUCUCUUUGGGAGCAAGUGUGUGAAGAGUUUGAAGCUGAGCGGCCCAGUCCUCCCAGUGCUAUGUGCACAGAUAGCAGCUCAGUGAGCACCCAGCUCUCCCAGUACGGCCCCAGUACACACUCCCUGGACUUCUAUGGACUCACCGCACAUGAGGUGCUUGUGGAUGCUGAUCUUCAGAGAGACUUUGACCCUCUUCUUAGCCAGCCUGCUCUUGCUGACUACUCUGUGUUAGGAAAACCUCAUCCUGCAAGCCAUAAGCGCCUGUCGACAGCUGAAACCACAUCGCCUCCACAAGUACCUGAACAUCCUGUCAUACAUUUUCUGGAGAGGAAAGUGUUUCCAGUGUUGCUGCCUGGACUGGAGGCUUUGCUGAAAGAAGCCCAGAAACACGGCUGUUUCAAGAGAAAAAUAACAGCGUUUAACCCAUGUGACUUCCUUACUGAGUGGCUCUACAACCACAACCCCUGCAGGCAAGGACAAAUUCCAGUGAACUUCCAUGCCAUCCCCUUUGUAAAGGACUGGCUCAGCAUUCACCCCAGGCCUCCCCUCCCUCUCUUUCUGCUGCUGAGUGAGGACAAGGCUGCUCUGCUCAUCCAGGCUUUCUGGAGGGGAUAUAAGAUCAGGGCACGCCCAGAUGUGCAGGAGCUGCGCCAGUGGCAGAGAGAACUGAGAGAGAACUGUGACAUUGCCAAAACUGUCAAGCACUUCUGGGCCCAACAAGAGAGCCGAGUGGGCUCUGCCAUGACAGAUCUUCCAGAGAGCCCCCAGCCCGGCAACUCAGAUGUAUCCAUCCAGGUGGUUUCCCCCACCCCCCAGAGCACCGUGGUCCACACCCCUACCGCCCAGAUGACCCCUGGCGACGCAUAUAGCAUGCCUCACAAAAGAGGUCAUAGCAUUUCCAUUCAAGCCAGGAACUGA